AUGGAAGAAGUUGUUUUAGAACAACAAAUGAACAUUAUAUCCCAACCUAUUGUAACCAAUCUACCAAGACAAAGAGAAGACCAGCCUGAAAUACCUCUCAAAUAUAGCAAUAAUGAUGACAACUUCUUUGACAAUUAUAAAAAAGAAGAAACAGAAGAAGUAGAAAGUUAUUGUACUAAUGGCUCUGCAGAUGACGAAGAACUUUAUGUAAACCUCUAG